UUGACAGUUUAUAUACACGUGCGUAGACACGAAUGGAACUCAUUAUAAUUGAACUUUGAAACUAUGAUGACAAUAUUAGGUAUCAAAUAGCAAUCAUAGCAUUAGCAUAUAGACGCACAGCGAGACGGAAAAGGUGUAAAUAUAACGCAUGUUUUGUUAAAUAAGUAAAUGAAAGAAAGACGGGCUAACCUGAACGAUAAACGAUGAAAUAGACAGCUAAAGGAUCUCGCCACAGAAAUCGAAUUGUUAUUAUAUAAUUUAUAAUGCGAUUUGCGAGACUUCUUUGGUUUAAUGUCUGAGAUUACUUGCUAACCGGUCGUCUUGGUUCCGACGAAACACUAUUCGAUUUCUUGCUAACCACGGUUCGAAGGAAUUUGAGACGAAUUAUACUGUAAAACGACAAUGGAAAAUAUGACAUCGAAAGACGGCAAUUGCGACGAUUUUAAGAAAGCUAAGAUGAAACGACGAAACGGCAAAGCAGCAUUAACACGGCUCGGGAAAGUUAUAAUAGUCCAAAUCGAGGGGAAACGUUCGACCGAUGAGGUUCAAAGGGCGCUUGAUAAUUAUGAACACGCAUUUGCCGACCUGGAAGCCAAACACGAAGAAGUGACAAUGCUAAUCGAAGAUGACGAACAGUUCAAUGAGGAAGAACGAUAUAUUGAACAAUGCCAGGAAACCUUUCUGCGCUUAAAAAUUGACGCGCAAGAUUAUAUAAAGCAACAGACGAAAAUAUCAGAGAUGAAACAAAAUACUGUCGAAACCGGAAGCGUAAAUACUCCCGCAGAGAACUUGUCGAAUGAAGAACAAAUUAACGAAAUCCCGGCCGGCGAAGAAAGUCAUGCAUCGAUACCGAAUGAAGAAAAUCAAGACAACCAGAUAUCAGCACCAGUAGCUCAAGAAACCCAAAGUCAUCCUGUACAACCCAGCACAUCUAUUAAUGAUUCAUCGUUCAACACAACUGAGAACACCGCGGAGACAGCAACUCAUAUAAGCAAAGGAGAAAGCCUAUUUCGAAUUGAGAAGCCAAAGAUGCCAAAAUUCACUGGUGACGUCAGAGAAUUUGGAACUUUUAGAGCGGACUUUAAGCACUUGGUGGAAAAUAGAUACAGUAAACGUGAUGCAAUAACCAUUCUGAGGUCUAGUCUCCAAGGAAAACCGCUGGAAAUGAUCAAGGGAAUUGGUCAAGACUAUGAUGCCGCAUGGGAAUAUCUCGAUUCCGUGUAUGGAGAUCCACGAUUUGUUGCUGACAUCAUCACACACGAUAUCUCCAACGGAGUUUCAACACCCUUAGAGAAGUAG